AUGCCCCUCGACACAAUCUACCUAACCCGCCACGGCCACCGUCUAAACUGGACAAUCGACUACAAAACCGGAAAAUACACCUCCCAAUUCCCCACACCAACAGGGAACCCCUCCGAUCCCACGCUGACCUCUCACGGCGUCAGCCAAGCGCACGAACUCGCUGCGCAUAUCGUGGGCGAUAAGAUCGAUCCGAAGCCGUGGCGUGUGUACUCGAGUCCCUUUUGGAGAUGCCUACAAACAAUUCAACCGACCGUCGAUGCCUUGAGUGCUGCUGCUAAGGGACAGGGAAACGAGCGUGGAAAGCGAAUUGAGAUAGAGAAAGGCGCGGAGUUCGGGAUUAGGGUUGAGAAUGGGAUUGGAGAGUGGUUUGGCUCAACGACCUUUUUUCACCAUCCAACUCCACCAACACUAUCAACCCUAACUUCCCUCCCCGCCAACAACAAACCUCGUGCCCCGUUCACUCUACAUGAAUCCCGCACGAAUGCUCUCCUUUAUACCUCCACAAGGGGUGAAUCAAUCCCGCAACUACACAACCGCCUCGCAACAGCCCUAGCGGGCAUAAUUGCCGAAGUGGACGCCGAGGUCGCGGCAGUCGAAGCCUUGCAGCCGCCGGAGGAGAGGACGAAUAAGGCGAUAUUGAUCUGCUCGCAUGCGGCGCCGCUAAUUGCCAUGGGGAGGGUACUAACGGGCAAUAUGCCGGGUGACUCCAGUAAGGAGGAUUUUUUUGUGUUCACGGCGGGGUUGUCGACUUUUCGCCGAAGGGGUGCUGGGGAUGAGGUGGUGGUGAAGAAGGACGAGGGGGUUUUGGCACCGGGUACGAGGAUUACGGAUCCUGUGAGGACGGUUGUGCCGGAGUGGGAAGGUGGUAGAGGGGUAGGUGGUGGGUGGGAUUGUGUUUUGAACGGGGACUGCAGCUUCUUGCGUGGUGGUGCGGAGAGGGGGUGGCAUUUCAAUGGAGAGGAAUCGUUUGAUACGGGGCCGAUGGCGGAUGGUGGAGAGGCGAAGUUGGGGACGAAGUUAUAG